AUGAAUAGUUUUUCGCUAUACGCCAACAUCGAGAAAUCAAAAGGGCACAAUGAUAUCUAUAAUGGUGUAACUAUACAUUCCAUUGAAGAACCUUGUCCUAUCACAGUGUUCUCUGAAUGUUUAAAAGCUUCCUUAGAAACUUGGUCAGAACAAAAGAAACGGACAAUAUGGUUUCGUGUACACUUGUCGCACUCCGAAUGGAUACCAAUUUUAAUACAAAAAGGCUUUAAGUUUCAUCAUGCAAGAGAAGAAUAUGUUAUGUUAUAUAACUGGUUGAACAAAGACAUAGUUUGUAAUGUCCCACCUUACGCUCACACAAAUUUAGGAGUAGGAGGAUUUGUUUUUAAUGAAAAAACUUCAGAGAUAUUAGUUGUAAAGGAGAAAAAUUCUAUAGGAAACCAGUUUUGGAAAUUACCAGGUGGUUAUGUCGAGCCAGGAGAGAAUAUAGAUGAAGCUGUACAAAGGGAAGUAUUAGAAGAAACAGGUGUUCAAACAAUGUUCAAAUGUCUUGUAACUUUUAGACAUGCACAUAAUAUUACUUUCAAUUGUUCAGAUAUGUAUAUGGUAGCUUACUUAAUACCUUGUACUUUCAAUAUCAUAAAGUGUCAGAGAGAGAUUACUGAAUGUAGGUGGAUAAAGAUCGAUGAGUAUUUACAACAUCCAGAAGUACAUGAAACUAAUCGCAUAUUUACUAAAAAAAUGAUUGAAUUUUUGAAAAAUCCUAUAGGGAUAACUGCAGAGCAUGGAACACAUCCAAUUACUAAAAAACCUAUUUGUAUAUAUAGUAUAUCAACAAAUAAAAACAUAUGUGAAUAUAAAAAAUAAAUUAUGUGAAAUUAUGACAGAAUAAGGAACAAAUAUUUUUAAAUCAUAAA